UUCAACUGUCAACAUAAAUCAAAAUAAAUUUUCUGUGAGAUCGAACGGACUUUAGUUGUGUUUAAACAAACCGAACAUGUGUGAACCUAGGCCAAAUUUUGUGACACACGAUCUUGUGCACAACCUGCGGUGCACAAAGCGGGGUCCAAGGAUAAGACAUGAUAUGAAAAAGACGAGGACUUGGCCGGGAGCCCGUUUUAUGUGCGUCGGCAAGGACGGGGACCUAAACACGGCCACCUAUUGUUUGGCGGAGUUUAUGCAAGAGCCGUUCCAGCCUUUUCCGAUGGCCACGGUGGCAGUGCACCAAUCGAUUCGGGAAGAGUUCAUUGAGAUGCUGCGGAGUCGCUUCCGGCAGCUGAAGCCGCAUGUGGCCAACCAUCCGAAUUUCGUGCGGGCCGUGGAGGAGCUGAAACACGGGCCCCGACCUGUGAAAUACGUUAUGGCCGAUGUGGCCGAUGCUCCGGCCUGUGCCAGCCCCAUUUUGGUCACCGACGAUGUGACCCAUUUGUUGUUCCCCAGCGGACCGUCGGGAACCACAACUCUGCACUCCUUUCAGACGCUGCAGCAGGUGGCGGAGAUCUUUGGCAAGGAGACCCCAAAGUUCGAUGCCGUCUAUUACUUUGACGAGACCAUUGCGGGUGUCUACACACUGGCCGAACACACCAAGUGUGUGCAGUUCUUUGUGAACUGCAUGGAUGCCUGCCUGCUGGAAAUUAUGCCCUACUAUAUGGACCACACGCCCAUGGUGAUCUACAAGCGGGGCUAUCACUACGAGACCCUCGAGCUGGGCAAACAGUGGAAGAUCAUAGUCUUCCCCUACAGCAGCACUAUUUUGAGGCAGUGUUGCUGUCCCACAGGCCAAUGUCGCUGCUAUGCCACCCAUUCGGCCUGCUGUGAGGACCAUCUGCACACUUAGGGGUAACUCACCCUCCCGCUGAUAGUUUCGACUUGCAACUCCAUCUUGGCAAAGGAAGUCCCAACUUCCUUCGACUAUUCCUCGACUGCCGGCGUCGCCCCAGAAAUCCGCAGUUCCAAUGAGUAGUUUGCGACUGGCAACACAUGUGUGCCAUAAUUUUCGCGGUACUUGCUUCUUGGAUUGGUAGUAAAGUACUUAUUGGCUAUGAAGAAACACUAUUACUGGAAUUGGGAAAUGGGAAUUUAAAUGGGUGUUUAUAAAAGAGUCUAUUUUGUUUUCAUUAUCAAUCUAUUACUAUGCU